ACCGCCACAGUUCUCCAUCCUGUGAGAAGCUGAACACGAAGCUAAGAGUGAAUCCGGUGAUUUGUGAUUUAUUACAAACCCGAAACUUCUGCGGAGCGAGUUUAACAAUCAGGAUCUAAACGUUUUUACCUGUGAACGUUACAAACGUAGAAGAAGAGGCCGCGCAGGGAUGUUAGCGGUGCUGCGGCUAACAGGGGCUAGCACCAGGGUUAGCAUCAGUGUUAGCAUCAGGGACGUUGUGUUUUCAGUCUGAAUAAAUCUGCGUGCAAGUUGUGUUUUUAAAUCCACUUCUGAUCUAAAUGGAGGAACACAAAGAAAACAUCAACACCAAGGACGUGAACGUGAAGAUGUCCGCGACCAGAGAAGAAGAAGAAGAAAAGACCUGCAGCAGGAUCUGUCCCGCAGCCGAGUCCGAUGCUCCGGUGCCUCAGUCCAACAGCGACUUCAGUCAUCCGGUCUACAAGGAGAUCGCCGUGGCCAACGGACACAUCAACCGCAUGUCCAAGGACGACCUGCGCAUCAAGCUGUCUGAGCUGAAGCUCGACACCAGAGGAGUGAAGGACGUGAUGAAGAAGAGGUUGAAGAGCCACUACAAGAAGCAGAAGCUGCUGCAGUCCACCAGUGAGGGGGGGGCCACCGACACCUACUACGACUACAUCUGCGUGGUGGACUUUGAGGCGACGUGUGAAGAAGACAAUCCGCCCGACUUCCUCCACGAAAUCAUCGAGUUCCCGAUGGUGCUCGUCAGCACACACACGCUAGAAAUUGUCGACAGCUUUCAGGAAUAUGUGAAGCCUCAGUUGAAUCCACAGCUUUCAGACUUUUGUGUGAAGUUAACGGGAAUAACACAGAAAAUGGUUGACGACGCAGACCCGUUCCCAGCGGUUCUCCAGCGAGUCGUCACCUGGCUCCAGGAGAGAGAACUGGGAACCAAGUACAAAUACGCAAUCCUGACCGACGGGGCCUGGGACAUGAGCAAGUUCCUCAACAUCCAGUGUCGUCUGAGCGACAUCAGAUAUCCUCAGUUUGCAAAGAAGUGGAUAAACAUCAGGAAAUCCUACGGCAACUUCUACAAGGUCCCUCGCACACAGACCAAGCUGAGCACGAUGCUGGAGAAGCUUGGUCUGAAGUACGAAGGUCGCCCUCACUCCGGCCUGGACGACUCGCGCAACAUCUCGCGGAUCGCGCUGCGCAUGCUGAAGGACGGCUGCCAGCUGCGCGUCAACGAGCGCAUGCACGCCGGCCAGCUGCUGUCGGUCCCCAGCUCGGACCCCGUGGAGGGAGCCCCCCCGCCGCACAGCCCCCGCAGCAGAGAGUAACGCCACUGUUUGUCUCGACUCCUCCCCCCCCCCCCCCCCCAUGAGUUUAAAACAAAGAAUCCAAAGCACUUUACAGACUUCAUGUAAGGGUUUUAUUUUGGAGCUCAGUGACAGGGGGGGGGGGUUGUGAGUUUGAUAUUGUUUAGUUUUUUAAAGACUGUGCAGGUCUUUAUCAAGUGAGUGUUUCACUCUCAUCACGUCUGCAUCUGUUUUAACGCCACGUGUGAGGUCAUUCAGCCGCAUUGUGGGAGGAGCUUCCCCCCCAGCUUCAGUCUCGUCUGUGUUCAAUCCGCCUCGCCGCCUUGUCAAGCUGCUAAAAACUAUCCACACGGAUUCAAACCCAUUUCAUAUCUGCCUUGAUUGGGAGGAUUUAGUUUUUGUUUUUACCAGCGUUUGUUCCCGAGAAGAAAAAGAAACAUUUAAGACACACACAUUUUAUUUUUGAGGCAAUAAAAAACAAAACAUCCGUUGGUGUUUAUCUUAUGUCCUUUAUCUCUGUGCCUGUUGUGCUGCGGUUCUAAACCUGAACACCGUUGUGUUGUGUGAAGAGCGGCGGAGCCACAACACUCGACCACGAGGGUUAGAAACCUGCUGCUGACUUUCACCGUCUGUGUCGACAUCCUGAAACUAUCUCCCGUGAGACUGAUGAGCAGCCGAGUGAGUUCAGCCCUGAUGUAGGACCGCGUCGCCUUUUCUAUGGAAUUAAUGUUUGUUUCAUGGAGCCUGAUCUAUUUUAACAGGAAUAAAUAUUCUUCUGAAUGCAA